ACUUCCGAUUGGCUGCUUCUAGUAUCGCCCUAGAAGGCAGAUUCCUCUAAUUGGUGAAAAAAGUUAAGGAGUUCGCGGGAGAAAAAGAGGCCAGUAGUUGCCAUGACAACACGCCGAAGCUGAAUCCUCGGACUUCUUUUUUGCUUGAGGACAGAUUUUAACUCUCCAUAAAGGGUUUUGAUUCCCGAACUGCACUUCCCGAGGGAGGGAACCUCCGGAAAAAGCCGAGGAAGACACUCACAUAGACCGCAGGUGGCAGGAAAUCGAGAGCCAUGAAUCUGGAGGAUCUGAGUUCGGUUUCUGCUCUGCAGGCUCUCUCUAAGCUGCUCAGCUCUCCUGAAGAGGAGGAAGAUGAUUUGGACCAGGUGUCAUAUCCAUCAUCGGCUGUUGGAGCCUUGAGCCCUGGGAAUAUUGGACCAGCAAAGAAAGAAGAAUCCAAAGUCAACCCUCCAAAUCACACUGAAAAUAGAAAGGACAUCUGGGAUCCGGAGGAGGUGCCAGAAGGUUUGGAAUUCGAUGACAUGUGGGACCCCCGAGAACAGCCAGAAUAUGACAUUAUAUUCAAACAGCAGGUGGGAGCUGAGGAUGUAUUCUUGGGCAUGACCAGAAAGGAUCCUUCUACAGCCUGCUGUGAGGACCUCUUGGUUAAAAUUAAAUUGCCAGGUACCAAGACUUCUGACGUCGCUCUGGAUAUCCAUGAAAAAAUUCUUGAUCUUCGUACCCCCAAGCAUAAGCUGCUCCUGCAUCUUCCCCAUCCUGUGGACAGCAAGACUGGCAAAGCAAGUUUUAUCACAGAAACGGAGACCCUUGAAGUCGUCUUGACCAUGAAAAGAGAGUUUGAUUUCAUUAAUUUUUUCUGAAAUCAUAAUGGGGGUAAGAUAAGACAGUGUCCAAUAAGAUUAGAAGUGUCAUCAGAGUCCUAGGAAAACUCCUUGUAUACUCAAUGGUUCUGCUGGCGACAAGAUCAUCCAUUUACUGGGGUGAUCACUAAGGAACUGAUUAGAUGUCAACAUGAUCAAUCUAGUAUUUAGAGCAAUGGAAAUGUUUAGACCAUAAAAUUCAUUUAGACAAUGUUUUGCAGACUCAAACCAAUGAAAGAUGCAGUGACAUAAGCCAUUGCUCAAAAAUUGGCCUUUAGGAUGGCCCAAACAAAACCAAAAUAAAGCGGCCUUAUUUCUUUGCUAUUUGGUUAAACUGUAUAGAUUUGGCUUAUGAUAAAGUAGUUGAAAUGUUCUUACAGUUGGUAUACAGGUUGUCCCAAAAGUUCUAGUGCAGAUAAAGCUUAAAAAUUUAAAACUGCACUCCAACUUUGGGGGCCAUUCUGUUUCUAAGUGUUAGUGUUUUUAUCGUACGAAGCUGUAAUCUUUGAGUGAUUUGGAUCUGUUUGAAGUAUUUAUUAUUAAUUGCAUUUAAAAACAUUUUUAAAACUUUUUUUUCUAGGCAGCCUUAUAAUUAUUACCAGUGCCUUUUUGGGGGGCGGCGGGGAGGAAAUCUCUGUGUUAGAUUGUGGUUUUCUGAAAAGCAGUUAGAGAAACAAGUGGCAUUCUUACCAAUUGUCUAUGUCUCCCUCAUUUCCGAUCUUUCUUCAUAAUUAGUGAUGUGUGUUAGUCUUUUGACCCCGUUCUUGUUAACUGUUCAAGUCUAUCUCUAGAUAAAAAUGGAUCCCCAUCCAUCAGAUCCUUCAUUAACAAGUUAGCAAUAAAAGAAAUCUCGUCUUCCAAAA